CUUCAUAACACCACCGAAACUAAUUUUUGACCACAUAACCACAAACAACGACGGCAGCGACGACGACAACGACUUCAAAUCAUCUCCUACGGCCACGAACACCUCACUAACGUCCAACUUAAAAAGUGACAACAUCGACAUCAAACGAAAAAAAAUUGUUGAAUUUGCCAAUUUACCAUUGCCUACCACACCGCCAACUCUGACUAACUCCCCACCAAAUUUUGUGAGCCUUGCGACUCCGGUCGGAAUCGUCAGAACCCAAAGUACCAGUGCGUUAAGGAUGUUGAAGAAACAGCAGCAAGGUGGGAUCGAAGGAAGAACUGGUCCAGGAUCUCAUUGGGACUUUUUCGAUAGAUUUGUUUCUUCCGAUAGGUCGGUUUGUGUUGGUGUCAGGAUUUAG